AUGCAGUGUGACAACGCCAAGGGAUUGAGGGCCUUCUUCGACGCUAUAUGCUACGGACCCAAACACCUGAUGAUCUUCGGAGGGGUGUGUCCUUCUGUCACAUCCAUCAUCGCUGAGUCACUGGAGGGGUGGAACCUGGUGCAGCUCUCCUUUGCGGCAACAACUCCUGUUCUGGCCGACAAGAAGAAGUACCCCAACUUUUUCCGGACGGUUCCGUCGGACAACGCUGUGAACCCAGCAGUGGUCAAGUUUCUCAACUUCUACAACUGGAGCCGCGUGGGGACCCUCACACAGGACGUUCAGAGGUUCUCAGAGCAGGAUUUCUCCCAGGUCCCCACUUUCUCUGACAGCUUCCCAGGAUUUCUCCCAGCCUGUCCUGUCCCCACUGUUGCUAUCUGA